ACGGCGGGCGGGGAGCGCUGCCCUGGCCGGCGAGGACUUGCCGCUGAGCCUCCAGCGGUGGCCAGGACCAGCCGGCUUAGGGCUUGAGGGGGAGGAAGUGGGUGGCCAUCUUUGGUAAGGGCAGCGCUGAGGCGACAGGCUGCUGCCGCGCUACGCCCCGUUCUUCAGGCGUACCGGAGGGUGCCUCAGGACGGGUCGCCUGUGGCCUCCGCGCCCGGGGGCGAAACAGUGCGUGGAACGGGAGCCGCUUGAGGAAGCCAGGGCAGGAACGGUGCCAGCCCGCUCGGCGUGCGAACGCCCGCGCGCGGCGGCUCCGCCCUGACAUCAGCGGUGCUGGCCCGCCGCGGCUGGCGGCUGAAGCGCCCUGCCGCCAUCUUGGCUACGGGCAGUCCCGGGAGGGAGCGAGGAGCCGCUCUUGCUCGCCUGCCAUCUUCCAUCCCGGGCGGCCCCGCCGGAGGGAGAGCGGGUCCGGCGACGGCGAGUCCUUGCGCGGGCGGCGGGCACUGCCCGGCGUUGGCCCGGCCUCGCCGCGGCGAAAUUUCAGGUUGACUAUCAAGAAAUGAAGGUUGGGACAACGUGUGUUGGACUGCGAAAUCUUCUCCAAGGGCUGAGCUUCAGUGUCAAAUACUACUCUAAGCAUAACCAUCUUCAAACAGUAUGUCUUUAUAGUAAAAUAAAACACAAAAAAUGCCACAUCCUGGACUGUUCAGGAGGUACAUGCACACACCGGACUGUGCCACCUGGAAGCAUCGUGCCUUGGAGAUUCUUUUCCUGCAAGCAGGCAGGGACAAAAAUCCCUUCCAAAAGGAAGCAAAAUACAUCCAUAACAACAUCCGCGCAUUUGUACAAGGAUCUUCUGAAAUCAGAGCAGGAAAACUGGAAUGACAUUUCAGAAGGGUACAAAGCCAUGACAAAAAGAAUCAAGGAAAAAUUAGAAGAAUUGCACAACAAGUGUAUGUUCAAUUCAGGAAGCCCAAGGAUCAGGUUUGGAGAGAAUGUGUACUUUGAAGAGAAUGGCUGCAUAUUUCUUUCAAAAGGAGAUGAUGUAGAUGAAGGAAAUGUUGACAUUUUAUUCAGUACUGAAGAUCUUGGCUUUUCUGAUGCCUUUAUUCAACGGAUCAGAAUUUCACCAGAUCAGAGAUACAUGGCAAUCAGCUUAAAAAGUGACAAUUCUGAAGAGGCAACCUGCGUUAUUAUGAAACUUGGUCAUUUUCCUGCUGUGGAAGAAGUAAUUCCAAGUGUAUUUAGUUUUGAAUGGGCUACAAAUGAUGUUCUGUAUUACACAAGUCAGAAGAACCUUAAAUGCCAGAAUGUGUUUAUGACCACUUUCACUAAUCAGAAACAUACUGAGUUAGUUUAUACAGAACAAGAUGCAAGAUUCUUUGUGGACAUCUAUUGCACAAAAGAUAGGCGUUUUCUCACUAUCAACAGCAACAGCAAGACAACCUCGGAAGUUUGGCUGGUUGACUGUAGACAUCCUUUUAGGUUACCUGCUCUUGUACAAGCACGAACAAAAGGGCUCAUUUACCAUAUUGAGCACAGAAAUGACGAGUUAUAUAUUCUUACUACAUACGGAGAACCUGCAGAAUAUAAGUUGAUGAAGGCACCAGUUGCUUCUAGUGGCAUGGAGAACUGGCAGUUAGUUUAUGCACUGGAAAAGAAAACCAAACUAGUAGACUUGGAGAUGUUCAGUGAUCGCUGUAUUAUGUUCCUGAAGAAUGCUGGUCAUCUUUACUUAAACGUGAUUUCUUUUGUUUCACAUUCAGUUCAGUCAAUAAAGCUACCUACAUGGGCCUGUGAAUUUGAAUUGGAAUCUCAUCCUGAGCAUACCACCAGCACUUGCUAUUUUCAGCUCACCUCCCCAGUACACCCCCCUAAGCGUUUUGCAUAUUCAUUUAAAGAAAAUAAUCUCAUUGAACAAGCUGUGCAAGAGGUACCAAUUAUUACGAAUUGUCACACUACACGUUUACUAGCUAAAAGCAAGGAUGAAACUUCGGUGCCAAUUACAGUUUUUCAUAAUAUGAAUUCUAAAGAGCUACACAGGAAACCACUUCUAGUUCAUGUAUAUGGAGCUUAUGGCAUAGAUUUGAACAUGAGCUUUAAAGAAGAGAAGCUGAUGUUAAUUGAAGAGGGGUGGAUAUUAGCAUAUUGCCAUGUUAGGGGUGGAGGAGAGCUAGGCCUUAGCUGGCACAAAGAUGGAUGUCAGCAAAAUAAACUCAAAGGUCUCCAUGACCUUAAGGCUUGCAUCACGCUGCUGCAUGAAUUAGGAUUUUCUCAGCCAAAAUACACAGCACUAGCAGCUGCCAGUGCUGGAGGAGUUCUUGCAGGAGCCCUCUGCAACUCUGAUCCGGAACUUAUCAGAGCCAUGGUUUUACAGGCUCCUUUCGUAGAUGUUCUAAAUACUAUGAUGAAAACUCAUCUCCCACUGACAAUUGAAGAACAGGAAGAAUGGGGAAAUCCAUUAGCAGAUGAAAAAUGUAUGAAGUACAUCAAAAGCUAUUGUCCAUACCAGAAUAUUAAGACACAGUGUUACCCUUCAGUUUUUAUCACGGCAUAUGAAAAUGAUCAACGGAUACCACUAGCAGGAGUUCUACGAUAUGUUCAGAAACUUAGAAAGGCUGUGCUAGAUCAUGUCAGCAACACAAAUAAGAAAGCGAUCACAAGCUUCAUUGUUCCAGGAAAUUGGAUCCCUAAUAUCAUCUUAGACAUCCAGGCAAAUGGCAGUCACUGUGAUUCAUCUUGGGAGGAUUCGCUGAAUGAGGUUGCAAGACACCUUGCUUUUUUGAACAAAGAACUUGAAGUAUGCCAUCUCCAACAGCACAUGAAAUCCUGCAAAUAGCUAAUAAACACACUGACCACAUGAAGAACUUCGGGUCAGAUUUUUAUUUAUAUGACAAGCAAACCCCUUCUCCAGAGAAGAGAUGUAGCACAUCCAGCCCCGCUGAAUGGGUAGCUCGUUGCUGCGAAGUAAAGCUAGCUCUCUGUACAAGUUCAGGGUUGAGUUGGACCAGGUCAUCUGGAUCUGCAACAGGCAGCAUUAACAGGGUCACGGCAUUGCACUGAAGGAAAGCUUCAACAUGCUGGCUGCGACUUUUCAUUGCUCUUGCCUGCCCUGUGGCUACACCAAAGGCUUGAGCUUCCCUGGAAGAGUCCAUUUGCUUCCUGCUCAGUCCUUCUAACCUUCUGAAACAGGAUUUUGAAUUAAAAUACUAGACAAAGCUUAUUCUUUGACGUGCUGGAGCAAUUAAUGAUGUUCGUAAGUAUUACUCAAAGGUUAGUGUUAUCAGGCCAAAAUUACUAGUUUUCAUCUCUUUUCUUUGCAUAGGAAAUGCAGCAUCUAUUUGCUACUGGACCUUCAGCAAUGUAUCAGGAACCAUUAAAAAAAAAUAUUAGCCAGGACCAUUGAAAAGUAUGUGCAAUGCUAGGAAAAAAAGGUGAGAGCGGAAAGACGUGGCGUUAAGGGAUUCAUUCUUAAGGAUGUAGAGAGGUUACUAGUGGAGUCUUUGAAGGAUGAGUCUCGAGAGCAGUCUCAUUUCAUGCUUUAGUUAACAGGUAUGACCAGAAGCGUUUUGUUUCUUCACAUACAUGCAGUACCCGCAGUGAGGGGAGAGGCCCCACAGAGACAGCGAGAUCAUCACAGAAGAACGGGGCAGCCACGGAUACCACCACCAAAGAAACACGCCAAAAUUCAGCAGUACAAAGUAGCAAACACUUAAGGACUAAAUCAAAACACUUGAGGUAGCUGUACUACCUGAUGGGGUAUAACUUAAAUGGGGGGGAAUAAAAGCAGCAAUUGUCAGACUCCCCAUGCUCAGCCCCACUUCCCCUUAUUUUAAGGAAUUCUACAUUGUCUGCUGGGAGACACAAUGCAGACCAGGCAUGAGGUUUCAUCAGAGCUCCACCUUGCUUGGCAAAGCGCUCUCGCUGUGACCUCUGUCCACCAGUGUCUCUCCCCUCUGAAGUCAUCAGAGAUGCUGCCAGAUCGAAACUCACUGUCUCCCCUGUAUCCACCAGCCCAGGCAUUCCCCGUAAUACAAGUCAGCGCUGCCUCCAUUUCUUGAAAAUGCAAACAUCUCUUUGCUUUUAAAACAAGGUGCCAUCCCCACAUUUGACUGGCUAUUAACAGCUCCUUGUAUCAACAGAGAUAAAAACCUCUCUCCACUUGGGCGAUUCAGCUCUGUUUCAGCACAGGCUUCAGUGCAAGAGCCGCUUUACCUUCAGCGCCAAUCCUUCAGUUAACUGUUGUCCUUCACACAACAUCCAGACGCGCUAAGCACCUUCAUCCUUGGCUCUUGAUGGAGACUAGAGCUGAAAGCGGUUAACCACUUCCAGAGAGCGGUCACGUUGGGUUAUUUGACUGCUAGCACCAACUUCAAAGAAAGUAACAGCAAUCUCAGGACACAGAGGGAGAAGUACCUGUGCCACUGUACAAGAUGCCCAAGACAUCUCUGCUGUUAAAUUUAAUUCUGGCCAUCCACAGCUGAGAAAAACCUCAGGCUGGAAGCGCUGCAAGGAGUAAGUAGCGGCUAAACAAAGGGAUGGCGAGUCUCUCCCUCCAGGGCAGACUGGGAAAGCCUACCCCAUUUAAUCUAGCUUAACAAAAGUGAGGGGGGAUGUUGUCAGAGCCGGAAAAACAAAUAAGCAUAAGCAAGGGUGGGAAACGCUAUUUCAGCUGAAGGACAGGUUUGGUUCACAGACAGCUUAGUGCAAACAGUUUGCAAAUAAGGUUCUGCUGAAAAGUAGAGGGCCCCUGAAGCAUCAAAGCAAAGAAAUUUUAAAGACAGCCUUUAGCAGGAAGAGAAAGCGAAAGGGAAGUCCUUUAAAAGUGCAAUAGCCUGUUCCAAAAACCCAUCGAGAUCUUGCCAGGCACUUGUGAGAGGAGGGGACUCAAGCCGGCAAAAAUAGCAAGUUGUAUCUUCUGAAAACCCAGAGGACCACAACACCACCCGCUGACAGCGCUUCCACUCAAGGACAAUUUUAUUGGGAUUUUUUUUUCGUUGCUUGUUUGCUUUUAAAUUAAAAAGACUUGAACAAAGUACCUCUGAUAGUGGAAGUAUUACAAGAUAAAGCCUGAAUUUUGUUUAUAAACCUAAUGUUUGUCCAGACACCUUUUUGUUAACGACAGUUUACGUAAGUUGCAAUCCUCAAAUUACUUCCAACUAGACCGUAAAUUGUGUACCACAAAUAAUCAGAGAAAUGAAGUGUAGAAAUAGCUGCUUUGCUGUUGGCAGAGCAGCAGCGGGUUACU